AUGUCAUCAGGCCACAGUACAGUAUAUAAAUAUGAGAGCAAGAGCCAGCAGUACACAAAAGAAGACAGAAGAAUCAGGUUCAUCAUGAAGACUUGUGGAGCUCUGCUGGUGCUGCUGUGCUGCUGUUUGGCUGACACACAUCUUACAGGAGAGACCAUCAGUGACAAUGACAUCACUCACCAGGGCCACUAUGGUGAAGUAGAGACCAGAGAAAAUGAGGUUAUGGGUGCAGCACAGAGUACUGAAGCUGCAGACACAGCCUCCACCCAACAAACCUGCCAGCCUGACAUCCACACUGUGCUGAGAGAGAUGACUGCUCUGGUGGUGGAGCAGAGAGUGGAGCUCAGACACACCAAGACACAGGUGGAGGCCAUGGAAGCCAGACUGAGGGCCAGUGAGAGUAAAGCAGAGACUAUGGAGAACAAAUUAAGAGCCACUCAAAAGAAGACUCUAGAUGAGCUGCAGGAGAAACAGGAGGAGCAAGCAGCAGCUGUGAGAGCUGUAGGAGGCAGUGUGAACAUCACGGGCAGUCAGGUGGAGGAGCUGAGGAGGGAGAGAGAGCAGAGGAGGGUCUCUUUCUCUGCCUCACUGGUGGCAUCUGGAUCUGUAACUACAGGACCUUUUAACACUGACACGACCCUGGUCUACAGACACAUCUACACCAACAUAGGGAACGCCUACAACCCAAACACAGGUAUAUUCACAGCUCCAGUCAGAGGCAUCUACCACUUUUAUUUCACCCUUCAUGGUCACGGUCAUGCCUCCAUCCCCAAUGCCAUCUCUCUGCGUAAAAAUGGGGAGCUCAUCGUCUACGCGUGGUGCCAGCAGGCCGGCUACAGUGUCAACCCCUCCAAUGGCGUUUCCCUGCUGCUGGAGGUGGGAGAUGUGGUCUACCUACAGCUGAGGCACGGCACACGAGUGUUUGAUAAUACCAACCAUCACACCACUUUCUCGGGACACCUGCUCUUCACAGUGUGA